AUGAUGGUCAUGAAGGAGACUUGCCUGAAUGUCAUGGGCUAUGACGACAUGAAGGCGAAGGUGCAAUUUAUGUUUGCCUCCUUGUCUGCCGAGCAAGCAAUCUCGUACCGCUACCAACGCGUCUUCGAGCACGAGAAAGUGCAGCUGUGCGCCUACCAUGGAAUGGUGCGCAGCGAGACUGGCUCCGCCGGUGUGAUGUUCGCCCUGUUGAACUACGACACCCUGGAUGCUGAGAACAAGGGGCUGGUUGAUCAGCGCGUGGGGGGAUACACUAGCCCCAAGGAGCUCUACAUCAACAAGAUUGCAGAGGGCGUGGCAACCGUGGCUGCUUCCCUUUAUCUCAAAGUCAUCAACAACGCGCUCGGGGUGCACCACAAGGAGUUCUACAUCAACAUGAUUGCGGAGGGUGUGGCAACCUUGGCUGCCUCCGCCUGUCCGAAACGCAUCAUCGUGCGAUUGUCCGACUUCAAGCCCAGCGAGUACAAGAGCCUCAUUGGCGGCAAGCAUUUGGAGCCUGAUGAGGAGAGCCCCAUGAUUGGCUGCCAAGGUUGCGGCUGCUACAUUGAUCCGUUCCUUGAGGAGUGCUUUUCCAUGGAGCUGGAAGCCGUAAAGACUGUGGGCAUCGACUCUGACUGUGUCCCUGAGCUCCGACUCCAUCAUUUCGACGUGGCAGUUCUUUUGGAAGUGAGUGAGGCAAGAACGAUUUGCAUCUCUGUUGAAGAUUUCACGGCCACCCAUGUACCGAGCUAA